GGGAGCGGACUGGCGCCGGGUCGGUUGCGGCCCGUGCGGAGGCUGAGCCGGCCGCAGGAGCGACCGGAGGCAGUUUCUGUUACUAUGGCAAUGACGGCAGGGACUACAGCCACCUUUCCUAUGAGCAACCAUACCCGGGAAAGAGUGACUGUGGCCAAGCUCACGCUGGAGAAUUUCUACAGCAACCUAAUUUUACAGCAUGAAGAGAGAGAAACCAGGCAGAAGAAAUUAGAAGUGGCUAUGGAAGAAGAAGGAUUAGCAGAUGAAGAGAAAAAGUUACGCCGAUCACAACAUGCUCGCAAGGAAACGGAGUUCUUACGGCUCAAGCGGACCAGACUUGGCUUGGAUGACUUUGAGUCUCUGAAAGUUAUAGGAAGAGGAGCAUUCGGAGAGGUGCGGCUGGUCCAGAAGAAAGAUACAGGCCAUAUCUAUGCAAUGAAGAUAUUGAGAAAAUCUGAUAUGCUUGAAAAAGAGCAGGUGGCCCAUAUCCGAGCAGAAAGAGAUAUUUUAGUAGAAGCAGAUGGUGCCUGGGUGGUGAAGAUGUUUUACAGUUUUCAAGAUAAGAGGAACCUUUAUCUAAUCAUGGAAUUUCUCCCUGGAGGUGACAUGAUGACAUUGCUAAUGAAGAAAGAUACUUUGACAGAAGAGGAAACACAGUUCUACAUUUCAGAGACUGUUCUGGCAAUAGAUGCGAUCCACCAGUUGGGUUUCAUCCAUCGGGAUAUUAAACCAGACAACCUUUUAUUGGAUGCCAAGGGUCAUGUAAAAUUAUCUGAUUUUGGUUUGUGCACGGGAUUAAAGAAGGCUCAUAGGACUGAAUUCUACAGAAAUCUUACACACAACCCACCAAGUGACUUCUCAUUCCAGAACAUGAACUCAAAGAGGAAAGCAGAAACAUGGAAGAAGAACAGGAGACAACUGGCAUAUUCCACAGUGGGGACACCAGAUUACAUUGCUCCAGAAGUGUUCAUGCAGACUGGGUACAACAAAUUGUGUGACUGGUGGUCUUUGGGAGUAAUUAUGUAUGAAAUGCUAAUAGGAUAUCCACCUUUCUGCUCUGAAACACCUCAAGAAACAUAUAGGAAAGUGAUGAACUGGAAAGAAACUCUGGUAUUUCCUCCAGAGGUGCCUAUAUCUGAAAAAGCCAAGGACUUAAUUCUUAGGUUUUGUAUUGAUUCUGAAAAUAGAAUUGGGAAUAGUGGAGUAGAAGAAAUAAAAAGUCAUCCUUUUUUUGAAGGUGUAGAUUGGGGGCACAUCAGGGAAAGGCCAGCAGCAAUCCCUAUAGAAAUCAAAAGCAUUGAUGAUACAUCAAAUUUUGAUGACUUUCCUGAAUCUGAUAUUUUACAACCAGUGCCAAACACCACAGAACCGGACUACAAAUCCAAAGACUGGGUUUUUCUCAAUUAUACCUAUAAAAGGUUUGAAGGGUUGACUCAGCGUGGCUCUAUCCCCACCUACAUGAAAGCUGGGAAAUUAUGAAUGAAGAUCCCAUUCGCUCACAACCAAGAGAACUCAGGUAGCUGCAUCACCAGGCUUGCUUGGCGUAGAUAACAGUACACUGAAAUACUCCUGAAGAUGGUGGUGCUUCUGACUACAAGAGGAAAUUCUACAGGAUUAGGAUUUCUAAGACUACUACAGGAAUUGGUUGGCAGUGCCAGCUGGCUUUUUUUUUUAAUAUUUUAUUAUUUUUGUUAACUUUAUUAUAUGAAGGUACUGGAAUAAAAGAAAUGUACAUCCCUUUCUAACUGCACUGCCUACAUGCGUAUUAAGGUCCAUUCUGCCUGUGUGUGCUGUGGCUUUGUACUGUAACACCUCUAAUCAAUUCAGGAGCAACAUAUGUCAUUUAAAGCAACAUAGGCUAACCUGUAGGUAACACUGCAGUAUUGCUGUUUUACUGCAAACCUUAUGGGUCUAGAUAAUCAAUAAAAGCCAUUAGAACACUUGCCCUAUUGGUUUGGACAUGUAUAGAAUAUAUAUGAAGACAAUUUCUGUAAUGGUUUUAAGACAUUUUAAAAAGGAAAUACACUGGUUAUUUAAAAAAUAGAAUUUAUCAUCAUGUUAUUGCACAAACUCCACAGUAGGGAGUGACAAGUUUAUAAAAAGGAGGAAGUUUUAACACCUUCACUCAAGCACUCCACUAAUAUAUUUACUUUGCAUUCAGAAAUACUGAUGACCUUUAUAUACGUAGUCUGUAUACUCAUAGGGAGAUGUACUGUAUUAUAUAAAAUGUAAAGUUGCUUUUCUUGUGACAAGAGGACUUCUUUUUUAACAAGAGGACAUGGCAUUAUUUUAAUUUGAUUAUGGUGAGUUGAAUUUAAGAAAUGACCAUGAGGGCUGCUUGUAGAGAACUAGUGUAUUUUUAUUAAACUAUUUUUUUAAACGUCAGACUUCUGAUCAUGUAAAUGGACUUGUAGAGAACAAAGAACUAUUUACUUUGGUUUUCUAGAAAGUUGUUACAUAUCAUGGCUGGUUAACUUUUAUUUCUUUUGAUGAAAAUUUUUCCUUUGAUAGUACUUGUAUUAUUGUGCCAUUAUUUUCUUAUACUCCAAAUGUACCAAAGAUCCUGAACAGAGUGGAUGUUCACAACUGAGGAGGAUUUUACUGUCCUGUGGGGAUGCUGUCUUCAGAUCUUUGAUAGAGGCCAGCUCAUUCAAGGGCAAUAUUGUUCAUGUUUAGCUACAUCACUGUGGCUAAUGUAAAUGGAAUUAAGGAAGUAAAUGAAGGCCGGGGGGUUGUGAUUAGAGAAUAGGGGUGAUGAUGUCAGCAGCAAAUUCUCUGGGUAUUUCCCUAAGAAUGGAAUAGUCUUUUCUAGCUCAACAUUUUAAUUUUAAAAUGACUCUCUGAGGUUUUGGUUUCAUCAGUAGUAGUGGAGAAGUAAUACUUUAUCAAAGAAUGGCCUAAUGUUUGUCUUAACUGUCAACUGGUGGAAUUUUUUUAGAUACAACAGUUAUCACUAUUACAAAUGAUCUGUGAUCAGAAUCUAAAAUGAUAAUUUAUUUGUACGGAUGUUCUUCUUAGUGGGGAAGAAUUGCAUAGGAUCAUUAUGCAAAUCUACAAAAGAUUUUACAAAUGUUGCUGCUUGCUGGGGAGCUCCACAGUGUUUUAAUAAGGUCAUUCUAGGUUUUUUUCCUGCCCUGUUCUCCCCUUCCCUUCCUCCCCAUUCCUUCCCUUCCUUCCCUUUCCUUCCUUUCCCUUUCCCUCACCCCACUCUUGCCUAGUAUUUGUUUGAUACUUAUUGUGUGUUCAUCUAAUAGUUCCUCUCCAUUUUUCUUAUUUGGAUCGUCUCUCAUCUAGGAGAGAGAACUACUAAAAUCCUGGGGUUAUCUCAAUUUGACUAACUCUGGUUUUUCUAAUUAUAACUGCCUCUAAUUUUAAAAAAUCUUUAACUUAUGUUUAGUUUUAUGAGAUUUUUCUCAAACCCCCCCCCCAUUUUAAAAAAGGAUGUUUUGCUAGUGUGAUAGUGAAUGGGUAAGAUAUGAGGAAAUUGCAACAUUCUCUGGCUCUAAUAUGGUAACUCUUCUAGUAUAAAAAAAUUCAUUAAUUCAAGUUAGAGAGAGAGAUUGAUAUAAAGGAGCUGAGUUUACCUUUUAAUUGAAUAAGAAUAUAGCAUUUUAGUUUCCAUCUCCUUCAUUCUUAUUAAUAGGAAGAACUUGGGAAUAGUUAUGGUUUCUUGGCAGUGGAAGGGCAGUUAGGGAAAAUUUACUUUGUUUAGAGUCUCAUUUUUCCCUGGAGUUAAUAGAGUGAUUCAUAAUCUUUGGGGUUUCCUCCUCAUCAAAAGCAUUUCUUAAGUGCCUAUCUAAAAGCAAUUAAAGACUGUGUCUGCCCUUUGGAAGCUAAGAAUUUGAUUCAUGAUGCAAAUUAGCUAGAUGAUUUGCGAAGUACCCUUGAGAUUGAAUUUUCUCUAUUAUAUACUUCCCAUAUUUCAGGUGAACCAUUUAAUUUAAAUGACAAAACCCUAUCUAAU